AGUGGCGGCAGUGGGAGUCCUCAGAUCGUACUCUUCUCCGCGACAUCUUGACAUCUUGACACCGACGUAGUAUCACUCAUCACUCACGAGAUGCCCCUACGACCGGAGGAGCGUUUGUUCGACUGGGUGGAUUACACCGUGUUCGGAGCGAUGCUAGUGUUAUCUGUCCUCAUCGGCGUCUACUUUGCCAUCCUCGCCAAGGACAAACAGGCGUCCUCAGCCGAAUACCUCAUGGGAGGCCGAACUAUGGGGAUAUUCCCAAUAUCCAUGUCCCUCAUUGCCAGUUAUAUUUCCGGCAUCUCUCUGCUCGGUAUCCCAGCCGAGAUGUAUGUAUACGGCACACAGUACUGGGCAAUCGUCUUCUCUGACUGUUUUGUCAGUGUCACGAUGAUCUAUGUGUAUCUCCCCGUCUUUUUUAAACUCAAGAUUACUUCAUCCUACGAGUACUUAAACAUGAGAUUUAACAAAGCCGUUUGCAUCAUGGGAUCAGGCAUUUUCCUACUGAAAAUGAUGCUGUAUAUUCCCAUGGUGAUUUACGUACCUGCUUUAGCAUUUAGUCAAGUGACUGGUGUGAACCUUCAUCUUAUUACUCCACUUGUAAGCAUAGUCUGUAUCUUCUACACAACUGUGGGAGGACUGAAGGCGGUGGUAUGGACAGACACGCUACAGACCAUCCUGAUGCUGGCAGGUGUAGUUGUGGUCCUAGUGAUGGGUACGUGGCAUUUAGGAGGGCCUGGUGUGGUUUGGGAGCGAAAUAGAUUGUCUGGAAGACUGGAAUUCCUUAACACGGACCUUGACAUAACCACCAGACACACGCUGUGGACUAUGUUGUUCGGCAAUUACUUCUACUGGUUGGCCGCCUGCUCUGUCAACCAGGCAAUGGUGCAACGCUGCCUGGCCAUGCCUACCCUGAGAAAAGCUAACUACACAGUGCUGAUUCUGGCCGUGGGUAUCAUGGGGUUGGUGUCGAUGUGCUGCUACACAGGUCUUGUUCUCUUCGCAUACUUCCACGACUGUGACCCCGUCUCAACCAAGAUGAUCGGCAAGUCAGACCAGUUGUUGCCGUACUUCGUAAUGGAGAUCGCCGGUGCAGUGCCGGGCUUUCCUGGAGUCUUUAUGUCUGGUGUGUUCAGUGCUGCUCUCAGUUCCAUGUCUACGGGCCUAAACUCUAUGUGUGGUGUGAUAUACACAGACUUCGUCACACCCUGUUUGAGGAGACCCAUCUCAGAGGCGAGGGCCUCUUGGAUAAUGAAAGGGAUAGUCCUCACCAUUGGCGUCCUCUGUGUCGCCAUGGUCUUCUUAGUGGAACAGCUGGGCGCGAUCAUACAGGCUGGCAAGAGUCUCGGGGGAAUUACUACAGGAGCUCUACUCGGAGUAUUCUCUCUAGGGAUGUUUUUCCCAUGGGCCAAUUCAAAGGGUGCUCUGGCUGGAGGUUUGGCGUCCAUUGUGUUCCUGGCUUGGCUGUCUGUGGGUACUCAGAGAGCUGUUGCUCGUGGUGUUAUAACAUUCCCUCAGAAGCCAGUCUACACCUACGGCUGUCCAGAGGACAUCCUGAACCGGACAAUUGCCUUCGUCACACAUCCCCGGGUACUUGAGGAGCCACUGGCCGUAUACAGGGUUUCCUACAUGUGGUACUCAGUUAUUGGUACCACAAUCACCCUAGUUGUAGGCAUGCUAGUCAGCUGGGCCACGGGGUUUACAGACCCGGCCACUGUCGACCGCGACCUGCUUACUCCCGUUAUACACAGGUUUCUACCAGACCCGGCCAAGCGACAAGCUAAAUCACAUAUGCAGCUGGAAAAGAAAUCCUAAAGAGAACGAGCUACAUUGCCUUGUACUUUUCUUUCUUAUUACAAGUUAUG